UCUUUUUUACACAUUUGCUCAUCCAACUGAAACAUUUGAAUCGCUAUUUCAUCCUGUAUCCAUUCUUUGAGGACAGUGUGUAGGGCAGAUCAUGCAUUCACUGCAGUCUCGGGCUGUCUUAUUGCAUGCAAACGCGACUGGAAAGUAACCGUGGUACAUUCAUGUUUCCAAUGACGGCGGAUUUCCAACUCUGAAUUGCGGUGCCUUGGCAUAUCUUACGAUAGGAUAGGUAGGCUGUCUCUGCACAUGUGCUCAUUUCAAAAGCGUCCAGGAUUUCAGACACGGACGUGAUUAUUGCUCGUGUGUAGAUAUAUAGGCCCUGGUAGAGUGCUGAAAACGUGGGGUCCGCAUAGUUGUCGGUUAUGUUACUGCAUCUAAAGUAAAAACGUUAUCAUGUUGGAUAUAUCGGACUAGCCUACACUGUUUUAUAAACAGAAUUUCAGAAUAGUUAUCGAAAUAAUGGCUAUAUUAAACAGAAUUUGUAUUUUUUAAAUUUUUCUGAGCUCUUUAUCAAAACUUGCAUUUUAAUAAGGAUAUUAAUGUUAAAAAAACAUGCCUCGGUUAUUGCAAGGACGGCUUCUUCGAUAUAAAGUUAAAAUAGCAUAGGGCCGAGGUGUAACUUCAGUGUAACUCUGAAAUGAGUAAUGCUAUAUAGGUGAAGUGAAGCCUGUGUGUUGCGCUACUUGGAGUAGCUGGAUGACGUGUUGUAACUUCUGCUGUCAUAGACAUAUUUGUAUGGAAUUUCUGAAUUCACGCGCAGAUCUUAAUUGUAAAGUGCAGACACGCCUAUUAUUCCUUUACUAAAAUAAAUCACUGUCUGAAUUUGGAUCCUCAUCUUUUUAUGCCAAAUAUCAGCAUGUACCAUUUUAUUAGGUUUUGCUUCUUUUUUUUUUAUACAUAGGCCUUUAUCAAUGCCAAAUACAUGUCUGUCCUGUAGGCGCACAAGUAACAGUGGAGCAAAUUUAAUCUCAAAUAGAAACAGCAAUGUUUUCAAAUAAUUGUCAUAGUGGAUCAAAUUUAACGAUUUCUAAUGGAGCUGGUUUCCCCUGAAUAGCCCAGGGACUCUGGUGCCACCCUGACACUGCUCCAGAAAAUUCAUUGUUGUGUGUUUUUCCUUUGCAUUGACCGUUUAGCCGAAAUGCCUCUCAGGCUAGGAAGCGUGAAGUAAAAGUAACGUUACACCUGCAGCAAAUCAAUUAGUUAAUAGUGUAUUUCCGGGUUUGAGACGGGGUCGAAGCUGAUUGGCAGAGGGUCUGAUUAGUUUACUUGGGUAGCCGCGUUCCCGCCACCGCCCCCUUUUCAGCUGCGCAGACUGCGACCUAAAGUUAGAUGUCUGCAGACUUUACUUCAUUAAAUACCCGUGACACCGAUUGAACACCUCAAGACGGUAACACCAAACUAACAUGGCAGUGAGACUGUGCGAUGUGGCUUCUCUGCUUAGAAGUGGUUCGUGGGCGCCUGAGCCUUGGACUGGGCAGGUAAUUGCUGCAAUGGAAACACAGCUGUCCAAUGGGCCGACCUGCAACAACACAAGCAACGGGCCCUCGACAAUGUCAAACAACUGCUCCUCGCCUGUAGAGUCAGGGAGCAUAGAGGACAGUAAAACUAACUUGAUAGUCAACUAUCUGCCUCAGAACAUGACCCAGGAGGAGUUGAAGAGUUUGUUUGGGAGCAUCGGAGAAAUUGAGUCCUGUAAACUAGUUCGAGACAAAAUAACAGGGCAGAGCCUCGGCUAUGGAUUUGUGAAUUACGUGGACCCGAAGGAUGCAGAAAAAGCCAUCAAUACCUUAAAUGGCUUGAGACUUCAGACCAAAACUAUCAAGGUUUCCUAUGCGCGUCCAAGCUCCGCCUCCAUCAGAGAUGCAAAUUUGUACGUCAGUGGCUUGCCAAAAACCAUGACUCAGAAAGAACUGGAGCAGCUCUUCUCUCAGUAUGGACGCAUCAUUACCUCACGCAUUCUGGUGGACCAAGUGACUGGCGUUUCCAGAGGGGUCGGCUUCAUUCGUUUUGAUCGGCGAGUUGAGGCCGAGGAGGCCAUCAAGGGUCUUAACUGCCAGAAGCCGCCUGGUGCCACCGAACCAAUCACGGUCAAGUUUGCGAACAACCCGAGCCAGAAGACCAGCCAGGCACUUCUGUCCCAGCUGUAUCAGUCGCCCAAUCGAAGGUACCCAGGACCCCUCGCACAGCAGGCCCAACGCUUCAGGUUGGACAACCUGCUGAACAUGGCCUAUGGAGUCAAAAGCCGGUUCUCCCCCAUGGCCAUCGAUGGGGUGACCAGCCUGGCUGGCAUCAACAUCCCGGGGCACGCAGGCACUGGCUGGUGCAUCUUCGUCUACAACCUGGCUCCGGAUGCAGACGAGAGCAUCCUUUGGCAGAUGUUUGGGCCGUUCGGUGCCGUCACAAACGUCAAGGUUAUUCGCGACUUUAACACAAACAAGUGCAAAGGAUUUGGUUUCGUCACCAUGACUAACUACGACGAGGCGGCCGUGGCCAUCGCCAGCUUGAAUGGAUACCGCCUCGGGGACAGAGUGCUGCAAGUCUCGUUCAAAACCAACAAAACACACAAAGCCUGAUACCCACUGAGAUUGUUUCUAGAAAACUCGCCAGAAAACGGAAACAGAAAAUGGAAGCGCAUUGACCGUAACUUUCUACAUUAGUAAAAACAGCUUUGUAAAUCAGUGUUACGAAGAAAAACAAAAUUUAGCGUCCGAUGUAAUUUUUUUUUUUUCUUUUUCAUCGCUACGCUUUGAAUCUUCUCGAUAUGCUUUGGACAGGAAAAAAUACAGCAGGUUGUAAUCCCUGUGAUGUUGGAUUAUCUCGCUGUCUUUACAGAUGGACCAUCUGAAAUGUUACUAUAGGUUUUUUGUUAUUUAGUUGCACAUCUGCUUUGAAACAGUAAGUCUCGUGAGGUUACGUGUCGUGAUUUUCUUUGUGUUUUCGUGUCCUGAUUUGCCUUCGGUGCAUUAUGCCUUCAGUGGUUAGCAAGUACUUAUUUUGAACUAUUUGCAGUUUUGUUGAGUUUGUAAGUAUUCCGUUCAUUGUAAUAUGAGUUGGUUAUUGGUUGGCUGCAUAAUGUUGCUUAUUGUAAACUUAAUGGAUAAAAGACAAAAAAAAAAAAAAGAAUCUUAACGCAGUACCUUGCCAAAGAGCUAAUAACCUCUUUGAUGUGGGUUUAAAAAGCAUCUAUUUUUAUAAAAAGAAAAAUUUGGAGAAACUUUUUACUGGACCUGGAACAAAAUAUUUUGACUUGGAUACUUUGAAAAAUAUCUUCAUAUGACACCUUGUGAGCUUUUGAACUUUACAGGAAAGUUUGCAGUGGUUGAAAUUUCUGGGGAGAUUUAUGAUGUAAAAGAUACCUUUUGAGAUCUUUGUAUUAUCUUUAGAUUAUAGAAUCAAUGGCAGUGCUGGUUUCAUCUGUAAAAUCAUCUGUGGGUCCCCUGUCAUCCUGGUUGUUAUAUAACUAGCAACUCUCUUUCCGAUUUGAUUUGGAAACUGAUAAAAAUACAAAGGUUUAUUCGCAAAAAAGUGCAUGCAAAAUUAUAACGUGGAGAUGUCUUAAAAGGUAAACGGGGGAUAAAAAUCAGUUCUUCCUGUAGGAUUGCCUUCAGACAAAGGAGCUUCUGGUAUACCUACGAUGUAUCAUUAGACUGAUUUUUGUCUCAACAUCAACCAAUAAGGGUUUUUACAUACUUUGUAUGAAAGAUUGAGGACAAUGGAGGCAGCAGCUUAAGAACAGAACGGAUUACUCCUGAGCUUUGUAAAUAACUCCUUUUUAUGUUGAGUAUUUGGCCGACUUCUUUUGGUUCUCGUUCUUCAUCGGACAGUGUGUGAUAUAUAAAUAUAUAUCGUUUUCUUUUUUUGGAGUAAGUAAGGUAUUUUCUUUUUGGAUAUUAAUCUUUAACUUUUCCGUUUCCCUUCAGUUGAAAUACUUGAUUUGUUGUCCCAUGGACGAGCAUUACAGUGCAUCAAAUAUGUUGGUUGUUUGGUCUGUAGAUAGUCUCGCUUCGUAACAAAAAAAAGCUAUUAAGAACCUAUAGACAUGUUUUUGUUUUUUAUAUAUAAACAUUAUAGAUAUAUAUUUAUGUGGUAAAGAAUGGAUAUAAACCACAGUUUUGAACCAUUUUAGUUUUUUUUGUUUUGUUUCCAUACUCGUAUAUCUAUAUAUAUAUAUCUGUAUAGAUAUAUCUGUAUAGAUAUAUCUAUACAUCUAUUGUAAUGCAUAUAACCUCUUUAAAAUCGUACAAAGGUGUAUAUUGCUUGAUUCACUUUGGGGGGGGGGGUCAGUGACGCGGUUCCACUAACGAGAGUUUGUCUCAGGCCGUCCCAGGAGCCCUGAACAGACAGACGCUGUCCCUGCAUCCUGCUCGGUGUUUAAACCAACACUAGUCACGCUUCCCCUUAAAUGAGCGGUGUGCUAUGCAUUAUGGGAUUCUCUUUGCAUUAGAGGAUUCUCUUUGCAACUGCUUUUUCUUGUUUAUCUAUUCCUUAUUUGUGUUACUUGUAAAAGUUAAAUUUAAGUCUAGAUGAGUUGUGAUACUUGCUGCCGUGGGUUAGAAACUCAACUUUUCAUGCCUGACCGGUCAUUGUUUAAAAUAUUUCUUUUCUUUUUGUAACUUCUUCAACGAUGAUUUGGUCUUGACAAAUUGUGCCGAUGGUCCGGCAUGAAGAACGGUUCCCUCCCACCCCUCUUAUCUCAAUUCCUAAUAUAAGAAUGAUUAUUUAUUUGAAGUUGUAUAGUCUGUUUUGGUUAACAGCAUUUUUGGAAUAGAAUAUCUUUUGAGUAUUUAAAAGGAUGUACAUGUUCUUUACUUUGUGUUUGGAUACUUUUUGGUUUUUUCCAUGUUCAGUACAUCAAUAAAUAAGUUGAAGGGCAAUGCAGCACUGUGAAUGGAUCCCAUCACUCAUCCAAAUUUCUGUUUACUUUUUUCUGAUUUAACAUCUGAACAUUUUAUGGUUCUUACCUUCUUACCGUUCUGUACAUUUUUUUUCUGACUAUUAUUGUUUUAAUUCAAGCAGAAGGCACACCCUUUAUCAUUUUCUGUAAAUCAUCGAAUUGCUCUGGAAAGAGCAGCAUCUCCAGAGAUCACUGGAGUCUGGAUGUCCCGGGCCAAGGACCCCAGGUCCACUUGACCCCGCUGUAAAGAUCUACACUCUGCUGUCUGUGUUUGGUCAAGUGUCACAUGUUCAUUCGUGAGCUUUAGAGGUGCUCGUCGACACUUUUCUUCUCUAACUUUCGUUAUACUUUGAAUAAGUCCGUGUCACAAAAUGUCAAACCUUCCUUUCAUGGACCCCGAUUCAAACUUUGAAUUGUACUGUAUUGACUUGACUAUUGCAAUUCCUAUCAUUCAUACUAGCGACUUUAUUUAUUUCUUUGUGAAUUAUUGACAUCUCUAACUUUAUGUUUUAACAUGUUUAAACCAGUGUUUACUUUCUAUGUUUCUUUGUUGGACUGCAGCAAAGAGGGGCCCAGCCCUAUGAACUCCAAUGCGUUUGACCUGGUACACAGUCCCACAGUUUAGUAAUUAAUGUCGUACAACAGUGUUAGUUUUGCCUCUUGUUGCUCUAGCGAUGAAUGUCACGUUUGCUACACUUGUCGAUUCAAUACUUUGCGGUGUAAAGUUUUACGGUUGAGGAUAAAAGCUGCUUGCUUGAAUGCACCAUCAAAGAGCAGCACACGGCUUAAAGGAAGAAGCCUGAUAUAGAGAAUUGAUUCUUCCUUUUUAUGUUUAUCUCGUGCUCCACUUGAGGCAGGCAGCCUCGCUGAACAUGGACUGGCCUGCUUUGAAGUGUGCUCCCCUGCUGCGCAGCCACCUCAUGCUGCCCGACUGUCAUUCUAGGGGCAUUGCAAGGACACGGAUGUGGAGCUGCUGAAGAAACCACACCGCCUUUCUUUUGCAAAACAAAGCUUUUUUUUUUUCCAAAGCUUUCCGUUUGGGUUCCAGCACGUCACUCAUGUAGACAAUAUUCGUGGCAUGCUCAAUCAUGUAGUCAUGUAGCGCUCUGUUUGGCUAGCAGAAGAUAAGGAGGCUAAUCUGUGCGCUGCUUAAAAAGCUUUCACUCUUCUAAUAGCAUGUUGGAUGAGAAGUAAUCUUUGGUGACGGCAGUCUUUCUAUGAGGGAGUCAUUUUUAGCAGUUUAAAAGAAUCCCAUAUGUCAGUGUUAAGGUUGCAUGGCUCUUUGGUUUCUCCUUAACGGGAAACUGAUAUUGAAAAGCUUUGGCUGAAUGGCGGCAUGUUUAGGUCUUAUCUGGCAUGCUUGAGGCUCGUCUCCCAGCUGAAAGCGGUCUUCUAACGGCAGACGCGUGAUGUUCGGCAUCCUCUAGCUAUAUGUUGCUGCUAGUUGAAAUAGGAUUAGGCUUCAGCAGUUAAUGGCCAUCACUGAUGAGUUGAUGUCACAUCUUUCUGUUAUUUGAUGUCUAGAAACAGAUUUCCAGUCGUUAGGUUUCCUCUUUCAAUGCGCUGAGUCAUCAAGGUUCUGACUUUGACUCCUUAUUGAAUGCUUUGUAUGAGCAGUCAUUCAGAUCACAAAGUGAGUUACACAAAUGAGCUUUUAAGUUUGAAGAGGACACCAUUUCAUCCUUAGUGUCGUCUCGGCUUCCUCUGCAAAGGCCAAAAUAUUACAUUUAAAAAGUCUGAAUUAAAAGUCACCCAGCCUAUGAAGUGAGGAAGUAAUUGGCAGAUGGCACAGUCUGGUCUGUCCACUGCAGUGGUUCACAAGCUUUGGUGUCAGACGUCCCCCACAGCACUGUCGGACUAACUGGAGGA